AUUGUCUUCCAUCCAAAAAAUUAGAAAUUUGAACAUUCUCUCAAAAUCACCUGGAUCUUUUAAAAAAAUUACUACCCAUUUCAGAAAAUCAAUAACCCAUUUCAAAAACUCAAAUCUUUUGCUAAAUUAUUUAUUCCCACUUCAAAAAGAGAAAUUUUUAGUUUAAUUUUCAAAUACCAACUAAAAAAAAUUAGUAUGAUGAGUAAUAUAGACAAUGAUUUAGCAGUUCUUGAAUCAAUUAGACAACACUUACUUGAAGAUUGGGACCCGAGAAGCAUCGGAGUUCCGGCAAUGGUUUCUGGGUCAGGACCCGUUUAUCGUAGGAAUUCAAGUUUUGGUAGAUUAUACCCUUGUUUAACUGAAAAUUGGGGUGAAUUACCAUUGAAAGAAGAUGAUUCUGAAGAUAUGGUGCUAUUUGGGGUUCUCCGGGAUGCGGUACAUACCGGAUGGUCACCGGAAUCCGGGUCAGAAACAGGACCGGAUUCUCCCACGACGAUUCCGGUUACGAUUAAACCGGAGCCGUUGGAUUCUCCGGUGAGUGUUAUUGGAAAUGAAACUCCGGUCCCGGUUGUGGCGGCAACAGCGGCCGCCCCUACUAGAGGGAAACAUUAUAGGGGUGUCCGAAGACGCCCGUGGGGAAAGUUCGCGGCUGAAAUCAGGGAUCCGGCAAAACACGGGGCUCGGGUCUGGCUAGGAACAUUUGAGACAGCUGAGGACGCUGCCUUGGCUUAUGACCGCGCAGCCUUUAGGAUGCGGGGGUCAAAAGCAUUGCUUAAUUUUCCCCUUAGAGUGAAUUCGGGUGAACCCGAUCCUGUCCGGAUCACUUCAAAACGAUCAUCACCCGAUAGAUCCACAUCAUCAUUAUCUACGUCAUCAUCCACGUCAUCAGAUAGUGGGUCCCCUAAGAGGAGGAAGAAACAAAGUGCAGUUGUGCAAGUGGGAAAUGAGGGUGAAAGGUUGCGAGUGGGAUGCCAAGUGGGUAAUGGUGUCGAAACGUUGCCACGUGGUGAUCAUUUAUUAGUUAGUUAAAUAUUUUAAUGAAAAAAAUCUCAUUGUAAUUAAGAUGGGUAAUGGUAUCAUUAGCUUCUUAGUUAUGCUUAAAUAUAGAUUAGAAUGAGUUUGGUGAGUUGUAGGAGAUGUACUAUAAUGGAAUUUAGAAUGGUGAGUUUCAAAAUUCGUUUUGAAACGUUUUUAAUGAAAUGUGAAUAGAGUUUUAUUUGUUAAUUAAAAAAAAAAAAAAUCUAAAAUGGGUUUCAAAUCAAA